AUAAGUAAAACAAAAAGAAGAAACAACAUUAUGACGUUGUUUGGCUGAUUUACAAGAACUAUAAAGUGGCUUUUAAAGACCGACAUGCUUGCAAACAUGUCUCCAAAUGACAGAGUGUUUUUACCAGCCUGUGCUAAAGUGCACCACCUGUUUGUGGCAGUCCCCUCCACUGGUAGAGUGCAGGGGAAGGUCAUUUCCUCUUCAGGAAAACUACAGAGUGGUGUAAGCACUUAAAACACAGAAAUGUCAGGUGUUGUAAUGGGGGAGAAAUGUGUUACAGAGGACUCAAAGCAGACAGAUACAAAGGAGAAGGAAGAACACAUGUGCAGCACAGGUGAGACUCCAACUCUUCAGGAGCUUGAGGAGAUUUUACAUUCAGCUCCUCGCUCUUGUCACCAUGUAGAUGAGGUGUGGCCAAGUCUUUUUCUGGGAGACAUGUUUAUGUCUCAUGAUAAGUUUGGACUCUGGCAGAUGGGAAUUACUCAUGUGCUGAACGCUUCCCACGGGAAACUCUGCUGCAAAGGCACUGAUGAUUUCUAUGGAACCACAGUGAAGUAUUACGGCGUGCCCGCCAACGACCUGCCAACGUUUGACCUCUCACCUUUUUUCCACCCUGCUGCAGAGUUUAUUCACCUGGCUUUAUCAUCAGGAGGGAACAUUUUUGUCCACUGUGCUGUGGGAGUGAGCCGCUCGGCUACGCUGGUUUUGGCCUACCUGAUGAUCCAUCAUGGCUUCAGUCUUCGCUCUUCAAUUCGCUGUGUGCAACAGAAGCGUUGGAUUUUCCCUAAUAGGGGAUUUCUACGACAGCUUGUAGACCUUGAGCAAACACUGAUGUCAAAAGACAAAAUGAGCUGAAAUGAACAUUUCAUUUAUCA